AUGCCGAACGAUUUCGAUAAAGAAUUGCAGCAGCAGUUGCAGAGAGCUCAGGAACAAAUGAUUGAGCAACAGCAAGUACUCGAUCGUAGAAGGAAGGAACAAGAACAAUUUAAAGCUCAAUUGCAGCAAGAUCAGUUGCAGUUGAUGGAAGAACAAGUAAUGCCAAGCGUUACAUUUUAUUCGACUAUUGGUGCGUUAUCAGAGUUUCGCAUGGGUGAAGAUUGGAAUCUUUAUCAGGAACGUCUUGGACAGUACUUUGUUGCAAAUCAAGUAUCGCAACAGCGUAAAGUAGCGGUAUUAAUAACUCUGGUAGGACAAGAAGCAUAUAAAAUUUUAAGGGACUUUUGUGAUCCUGCAUUACCAGAAUCCAAGUCUUAUGAGGAACUUUGUGAAAUUUUAAAGAAGCAAUUUGCGCCAAGAGUGUCGCUUUUCAAGGAAAGAAUCAAAUUCCAUAAUUUGAAUCAAGCAGAAAAAGAAUCAGUUAAUGAAUGGUUCGCUCGAAUCAAGAAUAAAGCAAUCAAUUGUAAAUUUGGUGCACAAUUGGACGACAACAUUAAAGAUAGGUUCGUGGUUGGAUUAAAAAAAGGGAAAAUUUUAGACAGAGUUUGCGAAGAAGACCACACGGCAACGCUUCAGUCUAUUUUGGAAGUGGCCAGAAAGAAAGAAGCUGCAGUGGCAACGUCAUCAAAGGCUGAUACGGUCGACGUUCACAACAUAAGACAAGGAAAAACCAAGGCGGCUCAUCAGAAAAAAUCUGGACAGGAGAAGAAGAAAUCAGCAGGGCAGCAUCAGGAGUCCUCAGAGGAACUGAAAUGUGUGCAUUGCGGCGGCACUAGACAUAUUUUCGCAAAGUGCAAGUACCAAGCGUAUAAGUGUAAAAUCUGUAGUAAAGUAGGGCAUUUGGCGAAAAUCUGUAAAAGCGUUAAGAAUACAGUAUCUAAUACGAAUUAUUUAGAAUCAGAAGCAAAAAAUAGCGAGACGGAAAUAGUGGACAUGUAUAAUUUAUGCAAUGUAGUUAACAGUGAGAAACCUUUAAUGAUUAAAGUUAAUAUCGAAGAUCAGUUUAUUAAUAUGGAAUUAGAUACAGGCGCGGGUAGAUCAGUUAUACCAGAAAAAAUUUUCAAAGAGAAAUUGAGGCAGUGUAAAUUAGAAAGCUCUAAGGUUAGAUUAAGAAUGUAUGAUGGAAGUAUUUUAAUUCCGGAAGGACAAAUUUGUGUUAAAAUUAAGUACAAGGAAAAGAUCGUUAACGCCUGUUUAAUAGUGGUAAGAAAAGGAAGUAGAGUAUUAAUGGGCAGAGAUCUAAUGAAACUCUUAAAAAUUGAGAUAGCAUCUUUGUAUUCGUUAGAAGAGAAUAUUAGUCUGGAGGGAUUAUUACAAGAGUAUAAAGAUUUAUUUAAAGAUGAACUGGGUAAAUAUAAGUUUGAAAAAGUUAAUCUUAAGUUAGCGCGAGAGGCCAAUCCGAUUUUUGUCAAACCAAGGCCAAUACCUUUAGCAUUUAAAGAGAAAGUAAGCGAACAGCUGAAAGAAUUAGAAAAAAAAGGAAUAAUAGAAUUAACAGAUAAUUCAGAGUGGGGUACACCGUUAGUGCCAAUUAUUAAGAAAGAUGGUAGUAUUAGAAUUUGUGCGGAUUAUAAAGUUACAGUUAAUAAGUACAUAGAAGAUGUUAAGCAUCCUUUGCCUAGAAUUGAAGAGUUAUUUGCGGCAUUAAGUGGAGGAGAAUUUUUUACAAAAUUAGAUCUUACAGCAGCAUAUAAUCAGUUGGAAGUUUCGGAAGAAACAAGGCAUGUUAUUAAUAAAGAAGGUUUACAUAAGGAUCCUGAAAAAGUAGCAGCCAUGGUAGAAGUACCGACACCUAAAAAUAAAGCAAAGAUUAAAACUUUUAUAGGCAUGGUUAAUUAUUAUGGUAAAUUUAUACCUAAGCUGUCGCAAGUACUUGCACCCUUGUAUGAGCUUCAAAACAGUAAGAUCUUUAAAUGGACUAAAAAUUGCGAAGAAGCAUUUAAAAAGAUUAAAAGCGAAUUAAUCUCAGAUAGGAAUCUAGUGCAUUUUAAUAAGGAAUGGAAGCUUAAACUGGUCUGUGAUGCGUCAGAGGUAGGCAUAGGAGCAGUAUUAUUGCAUAUUAUGCCGGACGGCACAGAAAAGCCAGUUGCCUUCGCGUCCAGAGUUUUACAUGAAGCGGAAAAGAACUAUUCUGUGAUACAUAAAGAAGCAUUAGCUAUUUAUUGGGCAGCGAAUAAAUUUUAUCAAUAUUUAGUAGGUAACGAAUUUAUUUUGUGUACAGAUCAUAAACCGCUAUUAGCCUUGUUUGGAGAACAUAAAGGUAUUCCGCAGAUGGCAGCAGGUAGGCUACAAAGAUGGGCCUUGUUUUUAAGCGGUUUUCAAUAUAAAUUCGAGCAUAUUAAAGGUAAUGGAGGAGCUGAUGGUCUAUCGAGGUUGCCCAGACGGGGUAAAAUUAAAGAAAUCGAAGAUGAAGAUUAUUUUCAUUUUGUAACAGCGGAACGUAUGCCCAUUGACGCAGCACAGAUUAGAAAAGAAGUAAGAAAAGAUAAAGUAUUAAGUAAAGUAUUUUUGUAUACGAGAAAUGGAUGGCCGAAAGUGGUUAGCGAAGAUGUAAAAGAGUUUUCAAAUAAGGCAAAUAAAAUUAGUAUCGAAAGUGAGCUUCUUAUGUGGGGAUAUAGAAUUAUUGUGCCAUUUAAGUUUAGAAAAGCUCUGCUAGAAGAAAUACACGGAGCUCAUUUAGGAAUUGCGAAGAUGAAAGCGGUAGCUAGGCAGUACGUGUGGUGGCCUAAGAUUGAUAAAGAAAUAGAGGGUUAUGUUAAGCAGUGCGAAGCAUGUAGAGCUAUGGCCAGCAAUCCUAGUAAAUCACCGUUAGUUAAGUUCCCAGAAGCAAAAUUUCCGUUCGAUAGAGUGCAUAUCGAUUUCGCAGGACCUUUUAAAGGUAAAACGUAUUUGAUUGUAAUUGAUGCGUUUACUAAGUGGCCAGAAGUAUUUUGA